GAGUACCAGCUCAUGAUAGGAGUCAGUAAUUGGAUGCUCUGGGCGGCCUAUUUCUCACGUUCCUCUCUUUGUAUUUUAUUAUCAGUUUUACGUGCAUAAUUUUCUUUGUCAAGGCAAGUGUCUAUUUGGCUGCGGCAUGUUUUGAAUAAACUUUGAGAGGGAAAGCAGAAACAUGGUGUGGGGCCAAAUGGGCCUUGGGUUUCUAGGGGAUGAAAAUGUGGCUUUUGUUGACUCCACAGUGGAAACUCAGAGAAUGCUUAGUCUCUCAGCAAACAAAACUUUAGACCUAGAGGGAUGGGCCAUCUGUAGGAAAUAAAUUGUUAACUCUCCAUCUCACUGAGCAGAGUCAUCAGUUUCACUAAGACUAUUAAAAUACUUAUGGAUGUUUCAUUUUUCCUCUUUGGUUUUGGUGUGAUACCACUUAGAGCAUGACUAAACUGGUUUCCUAAUUGUUUUGCUAGGUUGAACCUGCACCAGUCAUCCAAAGCAGUGACCCAACACUUAUCUUUAUCUUUUUGCUGUUUUAUGCCAUCGCCACAAUAUGCUUCAGCUUUAUGGUUAGCACGUUCUUCAAUAGAGCGAAUAUUGCAGUUACUUCGGGAACUUUGUUUUUUUUCGCUGUCUAUUUUCCAGCUUCUGGCCUCCGUCUCUACUAUAGAGAGAUGACACUUAUCCAGAAGCUGGCAGCCUGUCUCAGCUCAAAUUUUGCAAUGUCAUUGGGAGUUAAAUUUCCAGCUGAUGCAGAAAAAUGGAGAAUUGGACUUAAAUGGAAUAACAUCUUCUCAUCAACUACACCGGAUAACUUUUCUUUUGCCUGUGUGCUGGGAAUGUUUUUAUUUGAUGCUUUCUUGUAUAGCCUUGUGGCCUGGUAUAUAGAGGCUAUCUUUCCAGGAAGCUAUGGUGUGCCCAAGCCAUGGAACUUUUUCUUACAGCGCUCUUACUGGUUUGUGGAACCACCUGAGAAAAAAACUGAAGAAAAUCAAUUUUAUGAGAAAAUGCAAAGCAAGUAUUUUGAAGCUGAACCUACUGAUUUGAUAGCAGGUAUCCAGAUCAAACAUUUGUGCAAGGUAUUCCAAGGGCACAACACUACCAAAAUAGCUGUAAAGGACUUGUCUUUGAAUUUAUAUGAGGGGCAGAUCACUGUUCUUCUAGGACAUAAUGGGGCAGGAAAAUCUACCACUCUAUCCAUUCUCUCAGGUCUCUAUCCUCCUACAAGUGGAAAGGCCUAUAUUAAUGGAUACGAUAUCUCAAAGCAGAUGGUCCAGAUUAGGAAAUCGCUGGGCUUGUGUCCCCAGCAGAACCUGUUGUUUAAUUACUUGACAGUAUCAGAACACCUUCAUUUCUAUUGUGUGAUAAAAGGAGUACAAGUAAAGAUGACUCCUGCAAAAAUUGACCACAUGCUGACUACUUUUAACCUGCUAGAAAAGCGUAAUGAAUUGUCGAAGUCGCUGAGUGGAGGAAUGAAGCGCAAACUCUCCAUCAUUAUAGCAUUUAUAGGGGGCUCCAAGGUAGUGAUACUUGGUGAGCCAACGUCUGGUAUGGACCCAGUCUCAAGGAAGGUCACCUGGGAUCUCCUGCAGCAUUUUAAAAAGGAUCGUACCAUCCUACUGACCACCCACUACACGGAUGAAGCUGAUGUUCUGGGUGACCGCAUAGCCGUCAUGAUCAAGGGAUCCCUGCGGUGCUGUGGCUCUUCAAUUUUCCUGAAAAAAAUAUAUGGUCUCUCUCUCCUUGAUUAUUCUUAGGAUAUUGAUGCCUUAAUAAUAUUCUUCAAACAUAUGUUUCAUUGUUUUUUUCUAGGUACCCAAAACUUCAGUGCUUCCCUCUGUUCUAUUAAUUAGGAUUCAACUAUGAGACCUAUGAAAUAAUACUCCUUUUUUAAAAAAUUAUUUUCUUCUUUUAUGUUUAUUGUAUUAUCCAAAAUUUAUGUUCAUUUUUUCCAUAUGGCUUCUACUUAAAUUGUAAUUUGCCCAAAUGCAUUUGUGCUUUCAAAGAAAGAGAUAGAUAGAUAGAUAGACAGACAGACAGGUUGAUGGAUCAUAAGGGAAACACAGGGAACCAAACAUCUCUGCUCUGUUUCUUGUUUUUCAAAGAAGUACUAAAUUGCUUCUAUAUGAGCAGAAUAAUUUAUUACAGUAUGAAAAAUUUUUGUAAACUGUAAAAUACCAAAUGUGUCCUAAUAGCUUCCUUACCUUUUUAAGGCCAUUAUUCAAAAUUACCUAUACAUCAGUCUUCUUUGACCCCUUAAAUAUAAUUUUGACACUAGAUAGUUCCAUGACUCUAGGAAGUUUUUUUUAGCCUGUUUUCAUCAAUUCACCUCUCCCAGAGGCAAUUACUUUCUGAUUUUAUUACCAUACAUUAGUUUUGCCUGUUGUCGAAUGUCAUAUAAAUGAAUUAUAUAUUAUAAUUUUGUUCAUGGUUUCUUUACUUCAGCACAAUACAUUUGAGAUUAAUCUGUAUUGUUGCACAGAUCAAUUGUACAUAACUUCAAAUCUUCAUAGAUUUUUAUGUUGUUAUAGGUCAUUUCCAGUAUAUGAUAUAUGACUUCAAAUAUCAUAAGCAAAUGUGCCAUGAAUUUAAAGAUCUUUCUUGGUUAAAAAUCCAUCUUGUGAACUUAAAGAUCUCUCUUGCUUAAAAAUUCAUCUCGGUUGAAAUUACUUAGUAGUGGAGUAUUUUGGUACUGACUAGUGGGGUACUUGGUCAAAAAUUAUGUGUAUGAUGUUUUGAAAGGUUCUUCAAAGUGCUUGUAAUAUUUUACACCAGCCAGCGUGUUUGAGAUUUCCACUUACUCCAUACCCACACCAAUAUUUUGGUUUGCCUUUUGAGUUUUAGUCAUUCUGGUGGGUGUGAAACAGUUAUCUCGGUGUUUUUAAUUUUCAUUUCCCUGAAGAAUAAUUAUAUUGAGUUCAUUUUCAUGUAUAAGUUGGCUAUUUGUAUGAAUUCUUUUGUGAAGUGUUUAAGUCUUCUGCCCACUAUUAAAAGUUGGUUGUUUGUCUUUUUUAUUG